UUCCAACAAAGACAAAUUAGUAACAUUAAUUAUUAAGCGUCUUCCGCAUAUAAAGAAAAGUAAAAACGAAACUUAAAAAAAAAAAGUGAGGAAGAGGAGGAAAAGCCGAGAAGAGGAGGCGCGAUCGAUCCCUAAUCUAUCGUUCUCAUCAAAAAGCGAUGGCAUCCUCUUCUGAUUCAUGGAUUGGGGAGUUUAAUGAUGCUUCUAAACUUGCCGACGAGGUUAGUGCGAUGAUUUCGGAAAGGAGCCGUCUGCCACCUUCAGGCCCGGAAGCACUACGCUAUGCUACUACUAUCCGGAGAAAGAUUACAAUUCUUGGAACUAGACUGGAUGGCUUGGAGUCCCUUCUGUCUAAGCUUCCUGCUAAGCAGACAAUAUCUGAUAAGGAGUUGCAUAAGCGCCAGGAUAUGCUUUCUAGUUUGAGAUCUAAAGCAAAAGAGAUGGCCUCAUCGUUCAACAUAUCAAACUUUUCUAGCAGGGACGACCUACUUGGGCCGAGCACAAAAACAGCUGAUGAGAUAAACAGAGCUGCAGGGUUGGACAGUCAUGGUAUUGUUGGUUUGCAGAGGCAGAUUAUGAGAGAACAAGAUGAGGGUCUCGAGACGCUAGAGGAGACAGUACAUAGCACAAAGCAUAUUGCAUUAGCAGUCAAUGAAGAACUGGAUCUCCAUACAAGAUUGAUUGACAACUUGGACCAGCGUGUGGACGUAACGGACUCUAGACUGCAGCGGGUACGAAAGAGACUGGAAAUACUGAACAAGCGUACAAAAGCCGGCUGUUCGUGCAUGUGCUUGCUCUUAUCGGUUGUUGCCAUAGUGAUACUGGCUCUUGUAGCUUGGGCUCUCAUCAAGUACUUGUAGGAACUGGGCAAGAACUGCUCCAUGUGCACCGUUGAUGUGGAAUAUGCAGCACUCGAAGGAGAAACAGCCUUUUCCUCUAUGUAUGAUGCAAGUUUCAUUUCGUUUUCGUUUGUAAAGAGCUAAAGCUGUUGCGGAGUCUAAUGUCUGUAAGAAGAUCUAUGAAGUCUGGAUUUAAUGCAUGUUGUGGUUCUAAGACUGUCGGAAAUGAGUUGCUUAAAGAGUACUAUAUUUGCAA